AUGGAAAUAAGGUAUGCUCUUUUGCUUAGUGUGGAUGGUUUUGGUGAAAACUUGCUUGGGGUUUAUAUAGUGUGGAGAGUGCUAGUAACAGUUGGUGUGUGGGAAGAUGAAGAGUGUGGAAUAACUUUGCAGUGGUUACAAAAUGGAAAGAACAAGGAUUUUCAUCUUCUGGAUAUUAAUGUGAAAUACGAAGAUUUUGUU